AAAGUAUGUUUUAAGUUAGUUUAGCAGAACAUUUCAAGAUCGUAAGUCUAUCCUGACUGAACCGCAAGGACUCAUCGUUUGUGGAGAAACGGCACCGCGCAAAAGAAAUAACACGUGUAACGGAACAGUAACAUUAACCGGAAAUCCAGACCACAUUGAUAUACGGGCCCUUGUUCGACGGUAGCGUCAUUGGCUCUUGCUGAUGACGCAGGCAAAAUUCGAUUGGUAGGCGCAUUUUCUGACUCCACGCGGAUGGCACAUCUGAUUGGCCACGCUUCAUCCGGGAGACCAUGCCGCGAGGAAUUGUGGGAUAGUCGUUGUCGCUUCGUCCUUUGUAUCUAAGCCCUCUAAGCGCUUUAGGAGAGUUUCUUGUAUGAAAUAUUUUAAGCCCUUAUCCAGGUGUUACGUGAUAUGCGCUAAUCGCGUGUUCAACGGACUGUCCGGUUCACUGUGCGGUCUGCGUGAUGCCGAGAUGACAAUGGUUCCUGGCUUUCUUCUGUGGCCUGGCUGUGUGAAGCACUGUCUAAGCAUGGGGGCGACAACGCCCUAGCCACCCAGCAUGGACAGUGCUAAAAGUGGCGGAGAAGUUGAGUUGGCUGUGCCUGAAGUUGACCGAGCACCGUUGUCGUCGCCAGCAGGUUCUGUUGACCGACUGCUGCACCAGACUGCGGAAGAGGAAGAGAUGGAGGCGAAGGGCCUCAACACAUCUGGUGAAAUGGACUUCCUCAUCCUGGAUGAGGUGAAGGUUGACGAGGAGCAAGAAGGCAGGAGCAAGUUGCAAGAAACAGUGGCAAGAAGUGCAGAAAUCAUAGAACCUGUUCGAAGUUCAACGCCUAAACUUGAUGCUGAGGACUCAUGUAAAGGGGACGGGGAGCACCAGAAAGGCCUGAAACUUAGUGCAGAAGAGGGCGAUGACGACGACACUGCUUCCGCAUCCUCUUGUGGUGAAGAUGGAGGAAAGAAAGCAGACGAUGGAAAGGCGUGUGGUGCCAAGCUGAAAGGUGACGGCAUUGCGUCAAUGACUCGGGAUGAAGAUGAGCCUGAAAAAUGCAAAGAGGAACCAGAUCCCAAGAAGGAUGUCGAAGAACUGCUGGAAGGUGCUGUAAUAGAGUCUCCAGCACCAGUUGCGGAAGAAUUGGCAGAGGCGGAGAAAUCUCUUGAUAGCAGUGACGACGUUCAAGUUGUUGCCAUUGAACAGCCAGCUGACACGGCGUCGAUGAAAAAAGACGCCGAGGAUGAAGAGCUUGAUUCUGCUAAGGAAAACAAGGUGCCAGUCCUCAAUGGCGCAGUCUCUGGCCUAAAGGAUGAAGAUCCGGAUGACCCUGAUCCUGUAGACUGCAAUGCUGAUGACGUGGAUUCUAAGCCACCAAAGCGAUCAGCAUCCAACCAUGGCAUUUUGGCUGAUCUCAAGCGGGCCUUGAGCAUGAUCGACGCGGAGUCUGGGAAGCCAAAGCGUUUCAAGCUCGACAUGGAUGAUGGGAGGGACUUGGAGCAGGCGACGGAUCCCCCUGCAGCUUCUGCAGCAGUGGCAGCAGCGUCUGGGGGGUCCAUGGGUGUGCCUGUGGGUCCGAAUCUGGUGGUGCUGAGCCGCGAGCAGCUGGAACAGUACGUGUCACGGCGGGUGCGCGAGUGUUUGGUGGCGCAGGCCACUGCCCUGCUGCAGCCGAUGGAGAAGAAGUGCGAUACAUUGCACCGAGCGCUGGAGCGGUGGCGGCGAAGGUCAUUCCAGUUGCAGAAGCAGCUUAAUGAGUUCGUGUGCGAGCAAGAGAAGUGUGCCAAUGCCCGCCGGAGCCGAAGAUCUGUUGGCGUGUGCGUACGGAUGCCACCCUUGAAGCCACAGACGCCAGCAGCGGCAUCCCCUGGUGUCAAGACGGUGCCUACCACCGUGAUGGCACCGACUUCUGUUGCGUCCCGUGCUCCCAAUGUGACUACCACACGUGCCCCGAAUGUGAUCGUCUCAACUGUUGCUUCGGGCAGCACGUCGCCCGCACGUCCGCCGACUCCUGCACAACAGAUCAGAGUGACUGGUACCAAUGCCUCAAUGCUGGCAGCGCAGCUGGGCUUGAAACCAAACCAGCACAUGAAGUUGGUGAGCGUUUCGACACCGAGUGGUGGCAGCACAGCUGUGGUCACUCGUAUGCCCCCUCAGUUGCAGAGUGCCCCGUCCUCGUCGACUUCGGUGUCAUCCUCGAUGCCAGUGCCAAUGCAGCUAAUUGCCAACACGGCCAACAUGACUGGUUCUCCAUCACCUGCAGUGCGUUAAGUUUUCUUUUUCAUU